AUGACAUCUGCGCAAGCCUACGAUUACUCUACCUAUGAUUAUGGUGAUUAUAAUACUAAUCCUGGUUAUCCAUCGUCGGCUUAUCCAAGCCAAAGUGCAGCCUAUAGUGGAUACGACACAUCAACGUCACCAUACGGUCCGACUUCAACAUCUGCAGCAGCUUAUCCGGCUUACGAUGGUUAUUCAACGGCAUCUUAUCCAUCAGGUUCGGCUAAUUAUUCAACUGAUCCAUAUGCCGGAUAUUCGUCAUCUUCAGCCUAUGCUCCUUAUUCAUCGUCCUCAUCUGCUCCCGUAAGUCAACCACCGACGCAGUCUUAUUCGUACGGUUCAUCAUAUGGCGCAACACCUUAUGAACGUCGUACACCUCCAUUGCCGCCUUCAUCUCAUCAUACAGUUUAUGAUUAUUCUCCAACAACUGCUGGUGGAAAUUAUGUUACUCCUUCGUCAUAUAAACCGUCUUUAUCUAGUACAUCUCUCUACUCAUCUCACCCGCAUCCGGCUUCAACAAGUCAUUAUCCGCAGCCCACUCAUCAUUCAAUUAUUCCACAACAUCAACCAUCGCACCACCUUCAACAAUCAUCCGUACCUGCACACCACAUUCCUCCAACGCAUCAUCAAGGUUUGCAUUCGUCUCAUUCAUCAUCGUCACUCUAUGGUGCACCACCCAAUGGAGUUCAAACAUUACCACAACUCCAACCGCCAAUGACUGGUAUCUAUAAUUCAAAUCCUCAUUUAAUGGCUAUAGCUGCACGAAGACCAAGAGAAUAUUAUCAAUCACCCCAACAACCAACAAUUCAAUCGCAACCAUUGCCCGUGCAACAACAACAGCAACCUCAUCCUGUUCAACUACGUUUGCCACCACGAGGGGGCUAUCAACGUGAAUUAGACGUUUUACAUUAUGUUGUUGGUUUACCAAAAGAAAUACAAAAUGAAACAUUAGCUGGAGUAUUUGCUGUAUGUGGAGCAAUUGCACCGGUUGAUGUUCGUUCAACAAAACCAAAAAUUUGGGUCUAUAAAGAUCGUCAAACACGUGAAGGAAAAGGUGAAGCAACGAUUACAUUUAUUAAUGCUGAUUCAGCACAAGCAGCCAUUACCUAUUUUGAUGAUAAAGAAUUAUUUGGUCGUCGUAUUCGUGUUACACUGUGUGCUCGUCGUUUAUACAAUAUGCAAAAACAAAAUACACCAUUCAAUAAAACAACAACAAAUAAUAAUACAACAACUAUCAUAACAACUACAAAUGAUCAAACAACAGCGACACCGAUUUCAACCUUGCCCGUAGCAGCUAGUACACAAAUGCAAGUACCAACGAUUAUUCCGCAACAGCAACAGUUAUUGAGAUUGCAUCAGACACCUGAGCAACAGCGGGGAUUAUUACCAACGCCACCAAUUACAUUAGGAGGAACGCCACUCGUGCCAGCUGCAACACUUCCUCCACAGCAACAACGUGAUGGGCCAAGGAAAGAACUACCACGUAUUGGUAUGAAUAGAGGCACACAUCCGCAUCAAUCUGGUGUUCGUCCAAAACCAUAUUAG